UUCGCUCUCUCUCUCUCCAUCCGUCUUCACUCAUUGUCUCUGAAAUAUAUUUAAUAAAUCUGAUAUACAUAUAUAUAUAUUCAUUUCAGUAAUCAGAGUUAAUUUUUCUACACGUUCGUCAAUGGCGGCAUCGUCGGCGACAUCUCUGCAAACACAUUCUUCGUGUUUUGUGAGCUGUCGUUCGAAUCAGAUCAAAACCCAGAAAACCCUUUUGGAUCUCGGAUCCGGAGUAAGCGAAAACCCGACCCGAUGGGAGAGCUUGCGCCUGCCGUCGGCUGGUCAAAGGAAGACAGAGAGAGAAGCGACGGAGAAAACGAAAGGGAAGCAAAGAGGAGGAGCGGUGGCUCCGGCGAGAUGUGCGGCGGAGGGAAUAAUGAUCGGUGGAGGAGAGGCUAACGCGGAGGCGAAGACGCCGGAGAGAGUGAAGGUGGUGGCAUUAACGGCGUUAAUGAUGUGUCUCUGUAACGCCGACCGAGUGGUGAUGUCCGUCGCCGUCGUUCCACUCGCCGACAAGCUCGGGUGGUCGAGUUCCUUCCUAGGGGUAGUUCAGUCAUCCUUUUUAUGGGGAUACAUGUUAUCAUCAGUAAUGGGGGGAGCACUUGUGGACAGAUACGGAGGGAAGAGAGUGUUGGGUUGGGGAGUUGGGCUUUGGUCUCUGGCCACAUUGCUGACACCAUGGUCCGCCUCCCACUCGACCUUAGCCCUCUUGCUCGUCCGAGCCUUCUUCGGCCUGGCCGAAGGCGUUGCUUUGCCUUCCAUGACCACCCUCCUCUCUCGGUGGUUUCCAACAGGCGAACGUGCGAGUGCGGUCGGGAUAUCGAUGGCUGGUUUUCACAUGGGCAACGUCGUCGGAUUGAUUUUGACGCCGAUUAUGUUAUCUUCUAUAGGACUCACCGGCCCUUUCAUUCUUUUCGCCUCCUUAGGUCUCUUAUGGCUAUCUUCUUGGUCAUACAGCGUCACUAACCACCCUCGGGAUAGUCCUUUUAUCAGUAGAUCAGAGCUCCGGCUAAUCCAAGCCGGCAAACAUGUUCAUUCAACGGCCGAGGCAAAGCCUAGGCCUCUGUCUCUGCGCCUCCUCUUAUCGAAAUUGCCAACUUGGGCGAUCAUUUUUGCCAAUGUGACUAACAAUUGGGGAUACUUUGUUCUUCUCUCGUGGAUGCCGGUUUAUUUCAAGACGGUGUUUAACGUGAACUUGAAGCAAGCAGCAUGGUUCAGCGCUCUUCCUGAAAAUUUGUACAAAGUUUGUGAACGGACAGGCUACUCUUUAACCAUUGUUCGAAAGAUCAUGCAGUCUAUCGGCUUCAUCGGCCCUGGGAUAUCGCUGCUCUGCCUAAACUUCGCUAAAUCACCGUCGAUUGCGGCCAUUUUCAUCACCAUUGCUUUGAGUUUGAGUUCCUUUAGCCAAGCUGGGUUUCUCCUCAAUAUUCAAGACAUAGCACCGGAACAUGCCGGUUUUCUCCACGGGAUUUCGAAUUCGGCUGGGACGAUGGCUGCGAUCGUGAGUACGAUAGGGACGGGGUAUUUCGUGGAGUGGUUAGGCUCUUUCGAGGCGUUCUUGACCGUUACGGCCGCUCUCUACUUCGCCAGCACCCUCUUCUGGCUGCUCUUCUCCACCGGUGAACGAGUCUUCUAAUAAUAAUAAUAAAAAUACAUUUUCUUUUGUUUUCGCAUGACAUUCUCAUAAAUCUAAUUUAUAAAACUAACUAAAUUUUGA